AGUGAUGGAGCUUAGAAUUGCCUUAUACAGACAGGAAGAAAUAACAGCAGAAAUUCCAAAAAUCUAAGGCAAAGUUUAGGUAAUAAACAGGACAACCUGUACAGGCAAUCAAACUUUAACAUUAGAUAACAUGUUUGUGUACAGUUCCAUUACAUCAACGUGUAGCACUUAAAUUCUGCCCAUUUUCAUUACGGCUGCAUAAUCAUACAAAACUGUUUUCAGUUUUGUCUUGGCCAACAGCAUGAAUGCACAUGGUUUUGACAUCUCUGUCAUUUCUCAGCUUCUUGUCAACUUAGAAACAAAUUCACUGCUCAACGAGCAUUCUUUAGCAAUGUUGUCUUUAGCCAACAGAGGGCUCUUCAUCUCCAGUUUGAAAGCUGCUGUCCAGCUGCUGAACGCUUUUAUUUAUUCCUACGUGAGCAGAGACUCUGCACUUCUUCCAUAUAAACAGCAAAAAAAAAUACAACAGCAAGGACUUAUGACUUAACAUGGAGUAAUGCUAGCGAGGGUUUGAUUCACUUUACCACGGAAACAAGAGACCUGCAUCUUUUCAGAUUUUCCAACCGAAAUUUAUCAGAAAGCCUUUCAGUUCUUUGAGCUUCAAGCAGGAUAUCUACAACUUUAUCUCUGGAGAAAGAAGUAAAUGGUGUGGCCUUGUCCUAUGCACAAAGCUAAUCAGAAAUGGUACAUCAAGUCUGUGUGAGCAAAAGAAUGAAAAGCUUAUCAACAGUGGUUCUCUCUGAGCAGUGUUUUACAUUUUACCUUCCUGGUUGUCAAGCUACACUAAUUUCUGUUCUGUUGUAAUUCAAGAUGAUAAGUCUCAUCUGUCAAAAUAAAGACUAGGAAAAGGAGGAGAUAAUGUCCUCAGAGGAGCUAGUUCACUUCAAUAUUAGCAAACAUACUUUGAGUGCAAUAGCUCUUGUGGAAAGCCCAUGAGAAUUUUUUAUGGCUUUUUUCCUACAUGAUGCAAUGCAAAAAAAAAAAAAUUAGAAGUUUAUUAUUCAUGACAUAAAAAUAAAAAUCAGAGAACACAUAAUAAAAAAAUUAGUGCCUGCAAACACAGACUAAACAUUCAGCAAAGAAUAAGAUCAGCUUAUACACCAAAUAUGAGAUCUUUUGACUGCAAGCAAUUGAUAAAUGGAUAAGGGCUAUCUGUCAGUUUAGUACUAUUAAAACUGUAUUCAAAGCAAAGAAAAUUCAAAGAAACAGACCACAUGUAGCUAAUGUGAAAUGAUUUGUACUGCUGAUUUAUGGAUGUUUAAGACUCUUUUUACCAGCAUUAUUGGUUAUCAGCAUCAAUACAGUAUGUGAAAGAAAUGAACUGAAUACAAGUCUUUUACUUGGAGCAACUUUAUUUUACAGAAUAUGAAAGCAACAGUGAAUUACAAGUGGAAAAUAACUAUACAUUUUUCUGAGAGGAAAUUGACGUUCUACACUGGCAGGUCUUGCCAUUUAGGUUUCUGCCUUCUCCUGUCUUAUCAUCCAGUAAAAUGGGUCAUAAGGAAGUUAGUUACCUGUACACCCUAAAUCAUAGCCCAAUGGCAGACCAUAGUACAACUGUGAGGUCUGUCCUACUCAACAGAAAUCACUUAGAUUCACCAGAGUGUGUAAAGCAGACGCAUCAGCGAAAAAGCAAAUCUCAGCAAGUCCGAUUUAAAGAGGAGAGCACAAAUAAAAAGAAAACUAAUUUGGCUAGUUUGGACGCCAAGUCUAGUAAAAAUACACCAGUGGUGAAUGGAAAGGUACAAAUGCCAAGACACCACAACCCUCUUCAAAAAUCACAUAAAGGACUGAAGAACAUUGCUAUUCAAACAUCACCAAGCUUAAGAAAACACUUUCCUAUUUUUAAAAGGAAAAAACAAAACACAAGCAAAUCUGUCAUGGUUUCAGUGGACUCAGCCUGCUCUACAAAACUGAAUGGUAUUAUUCAUGAAAAAGAUAACACUUCCACUGAUGUUUCACAUUUAACAUUAAUUGAACACAUGCAAGACAGAACACAGGAAACCAAUAUAGUCAAUCAAAUAUUAACAAAAACUAGCAAAACCCAAAGCAAUGGACCUGUGAUACAUUGUUCUGAGUCAAAAGUGAAACGAGCACAUGAAAAUUCAUUGAAUUUAAACAAAGUACCUAAAUGCAAUCAUCGUACUUAUGCACAGGAGUCUAAAGACUUUACGCAUAUAGCAAGCACUUGUGAAACAUCAUAUAUAGUACAACACUCUUCCAGGUUAGUAAGUCGUUCACAAGAACACUGUACUCAGUGCUCACACACUCCUAGCAAAAACAAUGAAACUAAUAGUUCUCACAUCACUCAUAAAACAGACAUGAGUAAUUCAAAACACUUAAGGUCGACUGAGUACUGUAAUAUAAAAGAUACUUCUACUGACACACAUCAGUUAGGUCACAGUUCAUCAGAGUGUAAAAACAUUGACUCUGAUGAUCGGCCAAUGUCUGAAGUCCAUUCAGACUCUGCAAUGGAGACAAAUAAUAGUCAAGCAGCUGUAACACAGACAGGCAAUGAGGAAUGCAACAGUGUAAAUACCAACCAAAAUGAGGUUCAACAAGGUUCUUCUCAAGCUGACUGUUUGCAAACCAAAAAACGUUUGGAGGCACUUCACCUGCAUACUUAUUUUCCACGGAAAGAACGAAGACUACAAACCAGUAACAAGACCCAAGAAAUUAAUCAGAUCCAUAUAGGACAAGGGGAACUUUGUGAGUUGCAGAGAAGGCUAAAAUUCAUUGAAGAUUCUUUGCAGUCAAAUCAGGAAAAGAUUAAAGUCCUUCUGAAUGUAAUUCAUGACAUGGAAAAGGCCAAGGCCCUCAGUGAUGGGCGGAAUUUCUAUCGAACUGGUCAGGACCUCAAUAACUGCAGUACUUGCCAAAGCACUGCAUGCAUCAUUUACAGUGUAGAAUAUGACUUCAGACAACAAGAAGGAAGAUUUCAUCAGGUCCUCAGAAACUUAGAGUGUGAGAAUAAAAGUGCUGAAGUAGAACAGCCAAUAAGAGUGGAACAUUGUACCCAGACAUCUAGCACACAGACUUCAAGAAGGAAACAUAAAAAGAUCAAGAGGAAAUGUUUCUGGUGGCUCUGAACUUCCAUUCACCUGUAAUAUUUCCAGGAAAUGUUUAAUAGCAUAUGAUAGGCGUAUAACUGAAACAUCUUAUAAUCAUACUAAAAGAACUGCAAAUGCCAUGUAAAUUCUGACAGAAAUUAUAUAUGUUAGUGACAAAUGAAGAUUUAUCAUGCUUCAUGUUUCAAAUUUUAAGUGUUUAAGAGCAAUUGUUUAAUAAGAUUGCAGAUAAUGUAUAUAUAUGUAUGUAUGCAUACUGAAACUUAGAUUAUAUAUAUUUUGUAUCUGUAGAUAAACGUGUAUAAAAUGUCAUGUAAUAUUUUGUUAUAAUGUAUAUACAGUGUACAAAAAUAUUACACAAUAUAAUAAAAGCACAGUGCAGUGUAA